CGACAAACUUCCGAAAGUUUGACAGUAGAUAACCAGCAUCCAUGGCUUCAAGAAAAGUCCAGAGACUUGGCCUUGAGCCAACAGUGGUAGAACGACUCAAGAAGCACAAUGUGUUUACUUGCCAGGACCUGCUUUCGAAAACAAGACUGGAAUUGCUCAAAAUUACAGGAAUGACGGAACCUCGGGUGAUCAAUAUUCUGCAGGUUUCAAGUGAAGCUUGCCUACCAAGAAGGACAACGGCGUUGAGCAUGCUCACUAGAACAAAUGAAGACGAGUGUCCUGCAUUCUUCCAGACAUCUCUGAGACAACUCGACGAUGUCCUACAUGGAGGGUUACCAGCUGGUACAAUCACAGAGAUUGCUGGCCCACCCGGAUGUGGCAAGACACAAUUCUGUAUCAUGCUGGCGCUGUUAGCUACUCUACCCAGAGCUAUGGGAGGCCUAGACGGGGCAGUGGCUUACAUCGACACAGAGUCCGCAUUCACUGCAGAGAGACUUGUUGAAGUAGCCCGCUGCAGAUUCCCAAAUCAUUUCAAUCAGGACGCAAGUUUUGUAUCUCUCACGAGUAGAGUUCACAUCUACCUGGAGUCGACGUGUUCCAGCCUCCUUUCAAGAUUGCAGCAUCUUGAAGAGGAGCUCAUCACAAAAGGCAUCCGUCUCAUCAUCUUAGACUCGGUGGCAUCACUCGUACGUAAGGAGUUUGACAGUAGUCAUCUGAGUAACUUGGCAGCGAGAACCAACCUGUUAUCCAAGCAAGCCGCAAUCCUCAAGUACCUCGCAGAGUCCUUCUCAAUCCCGAUAAAGAUAAACCCUGCUCUUGAACCUACUUAUCUAGUGCGGAGGACGCUGUUCCCAGAAGUAGCUUGA